AUGGUAGAGAAACUGACGUCAAGAUCUGGUCAAGUUCUGCGCGACGCCGUGACCCGUAUGUUUCAGAAGGGCAAGGUUGCUGAGGCAGCGUAUGCCUUCAGCCGCCACACAGCGGCAGGCCUAAGAAAGGAUGGCGACGUCAUUGAGGAUGUGGGUAAACUGCUGGUGGACGCUAUCAAUACAAAUGCGGCCGGCGAUGUUGCCGCUACAUGGUUCGUCGAUAUCCCUGCGCGUGAUGACACUGUCGGCACCAUCGAGAGGCUGCUGUGA